CAGGGUUCUGGCCGGCUCUGACCGUGUAUGUCCCCGCAGGUGAUCUUCUACCUGGGCCAGUACAUCUUUCAGAAAAAGCUGUACGACCAGAAGCAGCAGCACAUUGUCAACUUAGGCGGUGAUCCUCUGGGGGCCGUGCUGGGGAUCGACACGUUCUCUGUGAAGGAGCCACUACGUUUCCUCUCCAGGCUGAGCCAAAAUCUUGUUCCUGUGUUAAACCCAGGAGGGGAAUCCACCGGUCAUUGGAGAGGAAGGGGGCCAGGUUCGGCCAAAGAGGAAGAGGAGGAAGGGUGCGUCCACGGCACCACUGCCGACCUACCCGCCAGCUUACUGGACCCUUGCUUCAUGUGUCAGAGCCGUCCCAAGAACGGAUGCAUCGUGCACGGGGCCACCAUCCACCUCAUUUCCUGCUAUCGAUGCGCUCGCAAGCUGCAGAGGGGCAACAAGCAGUGUCCAGUCUGCAGGGAGCCUAUGGAGGCUGUGCUGCUCCUGAUUGUCUCGUAGUGCCAUGUUAGUGUCUAAUAAAUAUAAAUAUAUGAACCUUGUCCUAUUUGUAUGUUACUUCUUGUUCAUCACUUACCUUGUGUGUUACUUACCUGCGUUGGCGUUCAUAGUUUCAGGACAUCCCAACAGGUAACAACGAUGACAAGGGCUCCUGGUCCUUUUUUAAAUGUGGUUCCUGUUGAUUUUCUUCUGCAUUCCAACCUAGGGUUAGCAACCCUGAGCAAGGAAAGUCUAAAAUGUGCAGGACAGGGGGGCCCUGAGGACCAUGGUUUAGCACUCAUGACCUAACCAUUUGAUUCUCUAACUUAGUCAUUACAGAGCAAUUGGUCCGUUAUAAAAUG